GAAUUUCCUAGAAAAGAACGGGUGUCAUGUUCACUAUGUAAGGCAGUCCUGCCUUGCUAUGAAAGGCAUCCCGAGUGCUUGUUCUGCCGUAGAACCCUUGGCAUUGGUUGUCUUCCUCACUGUCAAAAUUGCAGGCUUCAAACAACUCAAAAGGCAUUGCAUCUGGAGAAACAACUCCUUCAGAAGCUUAAGAACUUAGUCAUGGAUGGACUGGAUAAUGGCACGAAUACGGAGAUGGAGCAACACUUGUACUUGCAACUCAUAUCAGAUUCUAAUGAUGUAAUCAAGAACUUGUCUGCUGUUGUAUCUAAUAAGAGUGCAGUACAACUGCAAGCUAGUGUCUCUACCUCAUCAUUGCAAAGCAAUGAUGUGCACUCCAAUACCAGUGUAUAUUUUUCUCCUCUUAGAACUGAGAAACUAGAAUCCUGCAUCCCAAAUGAUGAAAGCCAUGUACAUAAGACAAUUACCAUGUGGAAUAAGUGCACUCCUGAAACAAGCAAGACUUCUAGCUUUCAAUCAGACACUAAUAUAAGAAAUGUUAAUCCUCAUUCCUCUGAAAAUGACUCAACUUCCAAUAAUGUUUGUAUUGAUAAUCAAUCUCUUCUCUACGUGUCUCCCAGUGAUACUUCCAGAGUCAUGAGGAGAGAGGAUCUUAAGGUCUGUGAAGGACCUUCUAUAAGUGAUAAAAAUACAACUAGAAAGCGAUUAAAGGAUUUAAAAUGGGACCCAUCAAGGUGGUAUGUCAAAAAAAGGAAAAGGUUGUCUAAUUCAUUCAAUGGAACAGGAAACAAUACCAAAAGUAGCAUUGCUGCCUCCUCUCGUGACUCCAGUAUUAAUCAAAAUGAUACAAACUCAAAAAGCAAAGAAGAUAUCAUCUCUUCUAAAGUCCUUAUCAUUUCAACACCAAAAUUAACCUCAGAUGAAAUUGAACAAUACUUGAGAGGUGGUGUUACGCAACACUCUGUAGCAGAGACAAAUCCUACUGCAAAUAAAAAGCAGAUGUCAAGGUCUGUGGAGUCUCCAGUGAAACCUGACCUUGCUGAGCAACCUGCACGUCACAGUGACUCUAUAUUGACCAAAAAACAUCCUGAGCCAUCAAAUUCUUUACCAAGAACAGUAAAGCAGCACUUGGAUGGUCCAUGCAAGACUCCAUCUGGAUUUGUCCGUCAAAUUGUACGUGAUAAUUCAUCCAAUGUUUUCCAACGCCAAGUUCAAUUUUCUUGUUUGGAUGGAACCAUUGCUAAAUCAAAAGCUUGUAUUACUCAGUUCAUCACCCAAAAUAAACUUGAUAAUUUAAAGCCUGAAAUGUUUGAAUUUGAUGCUAAUAUACACUUACAAGAUGAUGCUCCUCCAAGCCCACUAGCUGAUGAAAUUUUUUCAUCGCUUAUUGACAAAUUGCAAUCCCCACCAAAUUGUGAAUCUAUAAUAGAAUCUAGCUUCAACAUGGAAGUAAAUAACUCAUUUGAUUGCCAUGGAUCUCAUUCUUCAAGAGAGCCUUCAUUUGUAUUUUCCACAACUGCACCUUCCACCUCUGUAAUUGCGCUUGAUAACUUGGCAUCUAAACGCCAUGAAGCUGAGGUAUUGUCAUCAGUUGAAGGUGAGAAACUUGCAAAAAUAGAACAAGUUUCUGCUAAGCUUCAGUCCAGUGAAUUUGAAGAUAAUGUACUAAGUUGUCAUGUACCAUCUACAAGUGCAAUGUUUCUUGCAUCAAGGGUGAAUAAUGCCAAUGAUGAACUUGCUAGUGUCACCCCUCUAGUAGAAGAAGAGAGAUCAUCCCCCUCACAUUCUGUUGAUCACUUGCUGAUUACUGAUUAUCUGAACACCAGUGAGCCAGCCAUCCAUUCUAUUGCUUCAUCAAGCAUUGCUGAACCUGCAUUUAUGCCUCAAAUUUCAUCAAUACGGAGCAUAAAAUAUCCUUCUAUUGACUUGGACUAUUCAGACUCUGAAAAUCACUUUCCCAAUUCUGCUCAUAGCUUAGGAAAUGAGGUAAAAACUGAGGAUUGCAGUAAUGCUGGAGAUGACUCCGAUGACUGGUUGGGCAGUAACCUUGUGUGGAAAGAUUGCCGUAGGAAAAAGGAAAAGCCAUUCCUCUGCAGGAGAAUUCUUCCAAAACGGAAAGGUUAGUUGUACGACAGGUUAAUAUU